CACUCUUUCUCUUCUUUAAGGAUCGUUUUGUAGUAGCGUAGAGAGAGAAGCGAUUUUAUCACAAAAAUGGAAAAGAAAUUAGCUCUUUUGCUUGGGAUUUUACUGUUAUUGCCUGUGGCUGAUUUCUCUGGCGCUGCUUUGCAGGUGAAAGCGAAUGAAACAAGUGAUUCAGAUCCCCAAACUUUAUCGGGUUUGGGAAAUACAGAAACUUCAAAUGGUAAAUUGAGUUCUGCUGUGAAUCACGCAGAAGAUGACAGAGUAAAGAAAGAUAGAGACGGUGUUGAGACUGGUUUGGAAAAUAAGGCCAAGUUGAGUGGGAAAACGAAGUCGAAAAAAGUUCUCAAUGCGCAAAAAACUAAGGACGGAUCAGCUGAUCAGGAGAACAAGAAUCCACAUGACAAAGUUGUGAUAAAGGAAGUGCUUGAGAGAGAAGAAAAUAAAGAUCAAGUGGGUAAAUCAAAGAGGGAUUUAGAUAAUGAGGGUGAUAGGAAUUCUAGUCAAAAGGGUCCAGAAAGAGAUUACAAUACGAAAAAGGGAAUUGGGGGAUCGGGAGAUGGCGAGAAUAAGAAGCCAGAUGAGAGUGUUAGGCCGAGGGAAGAGCAUGAGAAGGAAGGUGAUAAAGAUCAAGUGGAAGGCUUAAACGGUGAUGUUGAGAAUAGUAAGGAUACGAGCAAUUCGAGUAGGCAAACCGAGUUGGAAAAUGAUAGUGUUGGAAAUGGAGGAUCAAUUGAUGACAAGGGGAAGCAAAAUGCAGGGGUUGGAGCGGAGAGAGUUUCAGAGGAGGACGGAAAUAAUGGAGAUGGUGUCACUUCGGAUCCGGAAAAGAAGGAGGGUUCUAGCGGUGAUGAAUGUUAUUCUUCUAUUAGAUGCACUGACCAGGAGAAAAAAAUGAUUGCCUGUUUGAGAGUCCCAGGAAAUGAAUCUCCGCACCUUUCUCUUCUAAUUCAGAACAAGGGUAACGACUCUAUCACUGUCAACAUUUCUGCUCCAGAUUUUGUUCACCUAGACACAACUACGGUUCGAAUUGGCAAGAAAGAAAACAAGAAGGUUGAGGUUUCUAUCGGUAAUGGAGGAACUGACAGCUUGAUCAACUUAACAUCGGGGAAUCGUGUUUGCAUCCUCGAUUUCAAGGAUCUGAUCACGCAGAGUUCUUCUCCCAACUUCAAGUACCUGAACCUCCCGGCACGGAGGCCUACCAUUGCAUUUUUGUCCUUCUCUGCACUGCUGAUUAUGGUAUCUGCUUGGAUGUUCCUUAGCUUCCGUAGGAAGAAGCUAUUGAGCAACGGCUAUGCAUAUCAGAAGGUGGACAUGGGGUUACUAGUUUCGAGUGGCAUAAAACAGAGGUUGAAAGAUAAUGACGGAUGGGAUGAGAAUUGGGGUGAUGACUGGAACGACGAGGAGGCUCCCCGGACACCCUCAAAGCCUUCUCCGAGCCUCUCUUCUAAACGCCUUGCCUCGCGAAGAUUGAGCAAGGAAACUUGGAAGGACUAGUUUGCGUUUAGAUUGAAGAUCGACUGUUAUGGAGUAAAAAAAUAAUAACAACAACAAAGGAAGAGAUAAUGAAUGUAAUUUUUUUUUUGGGGGUUUCUUUCAAGCAGAAAAUAAAUCUAUACUUGUAGCAAGCUAUAUAGUUUUAACUUUGAUUGUGGUGUA